GGACGCGGCGGCGGCGGCCACACCGUUCACACCGUCCCGGGGGACCGGCCGCCGGCGAGGCCAUGGUGACGGCGGGGGAGCUCCGCGAGCUGGAGGGCAGCGCGCUGCGGCGGCUCCUGAGUCGGGACGGCGGGCCGGGCGUCGGGCCCGGCGGGGGCACGUGCUUGCUGCUGGACUGCCGGCCCUUCCUGGCCCACAGCGCGGGCAGCAUCCGCGGCGCGCUGCCCGUGCGCUGCCACACGAUCGCGCGUCGGCGCGCCCCCGACGGCCCGGGCCGCCUGGAGCAGCUGCUGCCGGCCGCCGACGGGCCCGACGCCGAGGCCCGGGGCCGCCGCCUGCGCGCCGGCCUCUACGGGGCCGUGGUGCUGUACGACCAGCGCAGCCGGCGCGCAGCCGAGGCCCUGCGCGCCCCCGACGGCGCCCUGGCCUGGGUGGUGCGCGCGCUGCGCGGGGCCGUUCCGCGCGCGCCCGUCCCCCUCUACCUGCUCAGAGGUGGCUAUGAGAAGUUUUCUUCUGAGUACCCAGAAUUCUGUUCCCAAGCCAAGUCUCUGGCCACCGUUUCAUCCUCACUUCCCAGCCCCAUCCCAGCCCCUCCUGACCUGGGCUCCAGUUCCUGUGGCACCCCACUGCAUGACCAGGGGGGCCCCGUCGAGAUCCUUCCCUUCCUCUACCUGGGCAGUGCCCAGCACGCAGCGCGGAGGGACACCCUGGACGCCCUGGGGAUCACGGCGCUGCUGAACGUCUCCCUGGACUGCCCCAACCACUUUGAGGCCCAUUACCAGUACAAGUGCAUCCCGGUGGAGGACAACCACAAAGCAGACAUUGGCUCCUGGUUCAUGGACGCCAUCGAGUUCAUUGACUCUGUCCAAGCCCGCCAGGGGCGGGUGCUAGUGCACUGCCAGGCUGGGAUCUCACGCUCUGCCACCAUCUGCCUGGCCUACCUGAUGAUGAAAAAGAAGGUGCGGUUGGAGGCAGCCUUUGAGUUUGUCAAGCAGCGGCGCAGCGUCAUCUCCCCCAAUUUCAGCUUCAUGGGGCAGCUGCUGCAGUUCGAGUCCCAGGUGCUGGCCACGUCCUGCGCGGUGGAGGCAGCCAGCCCCCCGGUGACAGUCACGCACGGGGAGCCGGCCAAGACCUCCCCCUCUGCGGCCCAGUUCGUCUUCAGCUUCCCGGGCUCGGCUCCCAGCAGCCUCCCCUACCUCCCCAGCCCCAUCACCACUUCUCCCAGCUGCUAGGACCCUCAGGGGAGGGCUCCCCCACCCCCCAGGGCUGAGGCUGCAGGCCUGUGCCUGCUGGGGGGGGGGGAAGGGACACCACCGGAGAGCUUGCUUUCAAGCUAGGGUGCCCGCCCAACCGUCACUGUGCAUUCAGUAGGCACUUGGUGAGUGCUGGGCUGUCACAGGCUCCUCCUGUGAGCUGGGGCACGGCCAUCCCUUCCCCAGUGUGGGCAGCGAGGAGCCUCUCUGGGUGCUCUCUCCUCCCAUCGCCAGGUCACUGUGGCCCUUCUUCCUGCCUGCCCCCCCCCCCCCAAGCCAGGCUGGCUGGACUCUAACCACUGCCCGCCUGGCCCUAAGAUCACACACACUCCAACACAGCAAUAACGGCCCAUUGCCCAGCGGCUGAGGCCUGGCUCGGCUGCCUGGCUACGCUGGGCAGUAGGGCAGCCUUCCCUUUCUCCAACAGAAAUGUCUUAAGCAUCUCUUUUUGUCACACCCGAUGACUGUGCAUGUUGUAGGUCCUGCCCUGUGCCACCAGGGCCCACAGCAGCCUGUUGAUGGCCCCUUCCCCUCUCUGGCUGUCCUGGGCGGCUGCGGUCACUUUCUGUGUUUAAAAGGCAACUCUGAGGAUUCCAUUUUUAUUCCAGACGUCAGAGACAGGGGGAUCAGGAUGACAAUAAAUAACAGAUAUUUACUAAGAACGACCUCAUGUCCUCAGAGUAUGACAGUGCAGCCGAAUGAAGGGCAGUGAGGGUGAGGAUGUCGGGGCCUCGCCGAGGAAGCUUUCAGCCUGAUGGUGGAGACAGGCACUGAGCAGGGGGGGGGGCGGCCCUUCAAAGCCCAGCACAGCCUUUCUUGGUGGUGGGGUCCCGCUCCCCAUAAAUGACUCCCCAAGUGCUGGGCCAUGAAGAGAACCAUCUCUGGGCUGGGGAUCUUUGGGUCCUGUGGGUGGGCUGGGUGACCUGUUCUCCGGAUCCUGUGAAGAUGGCUGUCCCCCUUAUGGGCACCCCUUACUUAUGUCACUGAGACAGUCCUCAGAUAUUGGGCAAACCCAAGCUUGCUAAGGGCCACCCUGCCGUAACUGGCCCCUGGUGGCCUCCUCUUUGAAGGCCCUUGGCUGCGAUGAAUCAGCCCUCCAUCUUCUCCCGUGCAAAUGUGGACACGAUUAUCUUGUGGGCUAGAGCCAAGGGAGGCGCCCCCAGCAGUGCUCGCUGCCCACGGCCCGGGCGCCAAGCUGGGCUCGUGAAGUUAGCCUCUGAGCCCCUCCCUGGACACGAUAACGGCGUUCCUGCUCCCGUUCUUCAGGAGCCCUGAAAGUCCACCGAAGCCAGGGGCGUCCACUGAAGGCAUGGACCAGGAGCGGGCUCACAACGUGCCCUUUGUCCUUGUGAGCUUGGCCCUUUCUACGUGGCUGCGUGGCUGUCUUGGGGGCUGUGGCCAUGGGCUUCUGAGGGCUGGGUUUGAGGGAAUCGGAUUCUUGCCUCAAGAUGGGCUUAGGUUUCUUGUCCUUUCCAGGGAGUGGGCUGAACAAUACAAGCCCCCCUGGCUGGCCGGGACUCCAGGCCGCGUGAUUCAUUGGGCUUGUUCUCCCUCUGGAAGGGGCCCUCUCGCUGGGCUCCAUCCUGCGGCGGCCUGCCUCUGGUCCUGCGCUGGGCGCGGAAGCUUUGGGCAGCUUGUCUGCUCAGCCCGGAGGCCGUUCAGUUUGCUGAAGAUCCUCUGCAGGGUGGGCUGGAGAGGAAAGAGGGGAGCUGCUUAGAAUAGCUGGGGAGGGGCUGGGGUGGGCUUUGGAGGGGGAGCGUUGGCUCAGUCCUGGCCACUCAGAGUCUCAAGCGGCCCUAGAGGAAUCACUUGUGCAUCUCUUCUCUUCUGCCACCUCCCCCUGAACACCAAUGAGUAAGCCCUGGGUCCUUUUGUUCAUGCUCGGGUCAUAGGUCCGCAGAAUGGACAAACAGGAUCCUCACAGGGCCUCUAGUCCAGUCUGUCCUGGCCAGCCAGGAUCCACUUGAAGCCCCUCACUGAUGGGAGCUCACUCCUUUCCAAGGUGGCCAGUCCCCUUGGUGAAAUUCUAGAACUGUCUGGAAUAGAUCCAGGGGCACCUCCACAGCCCCCCUCACCAUUUCCUCUGCCCUCUGGGGCCAAGCAGAACCAGACUCAUCUCUUCCACAUGACAGAUUUUUGAAGAAGACCGACAUGUUCCCUGAAGCUUCUCUUCUGGUUCUGCAUGGCCAGCUCCCAGCCUCCUCUGGCCUGGCCUUCAGGGCCUGGCCCUCCCCACUCUGCUCUUCCUCUUGUGGACAUUCCACGUGAAGGAUUGCCACCGGCCUUCACGUCCAGAGGUGCUCUGACCCAGGCAAGGGAGCUAAGCCUCCCUCGCUGGCCCAAGAUCUCAGUAGUUUUCUAGUGUCACUUAAGAGACUUCCCAAAUGAGAAAGAAAACCAUUGCUGGAUUGACGACGAGAGAAUCACCCAGGGCCACAAAGCCAGUGGUCUCCAGCGUGGCAAACCCUCAGAGUCCCUGGUGAUUCUUGAGACGUCGAGUGCCUGUGUUAUGGAAAUUCACUCGCCAGGAGCUCCCCGUGCCACCGAAAUCAAAGGUCAGGUGCAAAAGGAAGUGUGUUCGGUGUUCCAUUGCUCUGGGAUAUUUUUAAGUCUUCCGGCGAGGAAGCCCUCGAUCUAGCCACUGUCCCUGCCCCAUAAACGAAGUCCUCUGGGUCACUUGGACACGCAGUCCUGCUUUUCCAGCUGCCUGUGGCCCAGAAAACAGAAUUUGGGCACAAAGGGGCACCUUCUAUCACUUACUCAUCUAUUCAGGUGCCAGGGUUAAGAGGUUUCCCCCUGGCUUCUGGGUAUCGAGGUGGGGAGAAUUCUGUCCUGGGGAGAAAUCCUGCCGGCUACAUUUCCUUUGGGCUUUUGGGUGGCCAGACAGCCUUUGAGUAAGGGUCUCUGGAGAGAGAGCCAAUGCUGUGAACCCCUCUCUCCUGAGGCCUGGCAGCUGUGAAGCAGACAGAUCUGUGUGAGGGGAUGUCUCCACUGGGAGGCGCCAGGCAGGGUGAUCGCCCUAGGCUUCAGAAAGGAUGUGUUCUCUGGUCCUAUUUGGAAGAAUAGUUUGGGGGGUGGGGCAGCUGCAAGGCUCAGGUCCAGUUUCUGGGGAGGGGCUAGAGAUUGAGAGCUGGGCAGAAGGGGGCAUUAGGCUUUGGAUAGAAUCUAGCCCUGCUAAUCCCCCAGGAAGUGGCAGAAGGCUCACACUGCUCAAAGACUGGAUGACUAUGGACCUUGGACCACGUAAGACUAUCCCAGGGACCCCUGUCCUCCACUUGUCUUCCUCCUGGAGGCCAAGAUGGAAGAUGCCUUUCUGGGGGUGGAGGGAGCAAAGCGAUACUUCCCUCCUCACUUUUGUAAAUAGCCUCCUGCUUCUUGCAAAGGAAGAUUGUGUCUUGAUGUGUCUUGUGUCUGCCGUGCCUAUGUGGUGUAUGUUGUUUGGGUUUCGCUUUGUUCUCCGCUUGUUUCUGUCUCCUCGGUGGUUUUUAUUUAUUGCUUGAAAAAGACCAUUUGAAGAAAAAUAAAUGCAUUUUCAACAAA